CGUUCAGUUCUCUUUUGGAAGCUAAGAAUAUAGCACGGAGUUCAAUUUCCAUCACCCGAAGCAAUCCCUCCGCUCAUUUUGAUUCCAUACGAAGGACUGGGGUCUUAGUUCUAGGUAAUACCAAAAUCUGACGCCUCUGAAAUUCAUUUCACUUUCCGGCAAAUUUCCAUAACCAUUUUUGCGCGUCUGUGCGGGGCUGGGGGUCUUCACACAAGUUAUCAGUUCUGUGCAGUGGUAUUGCUGAAACUUGGAAUUAAUGGACGUCGAUGGAGAAGGCGUCUCGGCAGUUGCAACAGGAGACCGAACAAUUCCAAUGCAUCCUGGGAGACAUGAAGCUUUCCAUCAGUUUACACAGCAGAAGCUCCCAGCCUGUAAACCAGUCCUAACACCAGCAUGGGUCAUUUCUAUAUUUCUAUUGAUGGGUACCAUAUUCAUUCCUAUUGGCCUUGUUACUCUUCAUGCUUCCCAAAGUGUUGUUGAAGUUGUGGACAGAUAUGAUAUUGAAUGCAUACCGGAAGCAUUUAAAAGCAAUAAGCUGGGAUAUAUCAAAGACAGCUCAAUCCCCAAAAACUGUUCUCGCUUCUUAAAGGUGUACAAACGAAUGAAAGCCCCAAUUUACAUCUACUAUCAGCUUGAUAAUUACUAUCAAAACCACCGAAGGUAUGUCAAAAGUAGAAAUGAUCAGCAGCUCUUGCAUGGACUAAAGUACAAUGGUACAAGUUCCUGUAAACCUGAGCAGACCAAUAAUGGUCUUCCAAUUGUCCCAUGUGGAUUGAUAGCUUGGAGUUUGUUUAAUGACACAUAUGAAUUUAUUCGUGGGGCAUCUGAGUUGACAGUCAACAGAAAGAACAUAGCAUGGAAGAGUGACCGUGAUCACAAAUUUGGGAAGCAUGUCUAUCCCUUUAAUUUCCAAAAUGGGACCUUGAUUGGUGGUGGAAUGUUAGAUCCAAGAAUUCAUCUAAGUGAUCAAGAAGAUCUUAUAGUAUGGAUGCGCACUGCUGCUCUCCCUACCUUCAGGAAGUUGUAUGGCAGAAUUGAAGAGGAUUUAAAUGCAGAUGAUGUUAUAGUAGUCAACCUAAUGAACAAUUACAACACCUACAGUUUUGGUGGGAAAAAGAAGCUUGUACUUUCAACAUCGAGUUGGUUAGGAGGAAAGAAUGACUUCCUUGGGGUUGCCUACAUUUCUGUUGGUUCUUCUUGUAUAUUUGUCUGCUUUGUUUUCAUACUGCUUCAUAUGAAAAAUCGAAGGCCUUAUGGGGGACACAACUUGUUUGUCUUGGAACAAGAGAGGCAUUUAUAGUUGGAAAGCUGACGCUGAAUCAGGCAGAUCAAUGAUUUGAAUUUUUCGCAAAACAGGUCACAAUCAUUGGAUACUAUUACUUGAAGUCUGCUUAUUGUACAUUCCUGGUGUAAAGAUAUAGGGAGCUCUUUGGAUAUGCAGCAGACACCUUAACAAUUGGAGUUCAAUCGGAAACUUUAAGGUGUACUAGUUUUUGCAAGUUACCUAUCUUCCCUUUGUUACUAUGACAUUUGUGAUUAUAAUAAUUUACAUAGUGAGGAUUGGUCAUCAAUGGAUGAUGACCUUGAACAUCAUAUGUUUGAAUUGGUUUUGAAAGACCAUGGCUGAAUCUGAGAGUGUAUACCAAUGUAAUGACUGUCAAAAAUGGAUAUUUGUUGAGUCUGAAGAUUAUGUGAUAGCGUCCCAAUUACAAUCA